AUGGCCGGGUAUGAGAGCACUGCCGCCACGCUAUCCAUUGCCGAUUCGUACGAAUCCAUAAACGCAUUGAAAUACACGGAAGCUGUCAUCGAUGAAAUACUACGGCUAUACGGAACCUGUUUAUUUAUAGAGAGGGUGCCCAACGAGGACUACGAGCUUAAGGGCACCGGUAUUACCGUCAAAAAGGAUCACGUGGUCUACAUCCCGAGCUACGCCAUGCAUCGAGACCCGGAAUACUUUGCCGAUCCGAAGACCGAAAGGUUUUUAGCGGAAAACAUAGCCCACAAUCCCUAUACGUAUUUUCCAUGGGUUGCCGGCCCUCGAAACUGUCUGGGCAUGGCUCAGUUGGAGAUUAAAUUGGCCCUGGCUAACCUGGUUCAUCGAUACGCGUUUCACACUACAGACAAGCCAGUUCAAUUGUUUGCCGCCAAUGGUGGACUCACACAGAAAUCU